CCUUUAGGUUGGUUUGUUCUUCUUGAUGGCUGUUACAUGGGUUUUGAUCAUGUAACUCUCACUCCCUAAUAGUAGUAGUAUUUAUAUAAUCAUUCCCUGGUCUCUCUUCUUCCAACCUCAAACACUGCAACUACUAAUCCCUUCUCUCUUCUCUAUCCAGAUCUCUGGUAUAAUGGCUCAAGUAGAUAAUAAUAUCAGUAGGCAACCAACAACAACAGGAUUCAAACUCUUUGGAACAACAAUUCCUUUAGAAACCACCAAACAAGUACAGGCAGCAGUAGUGAAAAAAGAAGCUGAAGAAAUCAUUAAGUCAUCUUCAUCUUCAUCACCAUCCUCAUCAACAACAUCAUCAUCUGGAGAAGUUCCAGCAGAAAGAAAAAUAUCAGAGAAGAUUAUACCAUGUCCAAGAUGUAAAAGCAUGGAAACAAAGUUCUGUUACUUCAAUAACUAUAACGUUAAUCAGCCAAGACACUUUUGUAAAGGUUGUCAACGGUACUGGACCGCUGGUGGUACCUUAAGAAACGUUCCGGUGGGUGCCGGACGUCGCAAAGCGAAACCGUCUGGGUUCUCAUCAACUGGUCAUGAUCAUUGUAUAUUUGAUGCUUCUGGUGUAGGAGAAUUGGAUAUACAUGGGAUGGUUCAACAGUGGCAGCAUAUGACCACCGUUUCUAGAGACAGUGGUGGUGCUUUUCAGCAUGUUUUUCCGGGGAAGCGACGUAACACGAAUCCUACCGGACAAAUAUGUUAAUUAAUUAAUUAACCUCUUCUAGUUGUUUUCGUUUAAUCUGUAUGUUUUUGAUUUUUGCAAGUUGAGAAAUUUGUUAGUGUUCUAUGUACAUACAGAAGAAGAUUGUUCUUAUGCUUAAUCAGAAAUGUUCUUUUUUCUAAUGUAACCGUUAGUUAUGUUCUAAGCGAUGUUAAUUAUGGUCUUAA